UAUUUUGUAGAGCUGUCGUAUCUCGGCGUUUUCGGUCCUUUAUGAAUAUUUAGUUUAACUUAGUAUUUAUUUUAACGUAUAUCACGCACAAAUGCGUCACUGUAUUCUUAUAAACAAACUGCCAACGUUGUCGGUGACGGACAUUUUACUGUGUACCUUUUAAUUACUACAUAGACAUAGUUUAGCAUGGCAUGAACUAUCUAUAUUAAUAGACGUACUCCAUGUACUUUAUAGUGGCGUUCAAAGGUGUAAAGUGUGGAUAUUGCUGUGGCUACUGUGUAAACGAAGAAGGGUACAGUGAAGCUGCAUAGUAUGAAGUAAACACAAAACUUCAAGUAAAUAACAACACAUUUCGUUUACAGUCUUUUUUGUGCAUAUUAACAAGGCAUGUGGUCCCAUAAUAUGACAGUGCAGGACUACCAAGAUCUCAUCGACAGAGGCUGGAGGAGAAGUGGCAAAUAUGUUUACAAGCCUGUUAUGGAUAAGACAUGCUGCCCACAGUACACCAUCAGGUGCCAUGCUUUGAACUUCCAUCCGUCGAAGACUCACAAAAAGACCUUGAAGAAGGUGAACCGGUUCCUCUCCAAAGGAGAGAUGCCAGUAGAGAGGCAUGAUGAGGCACGUGAAGGAGAGCCCAUGGUCUCUGCGCAUGAAGAGGGUGUUCAACUACCUCCUCAAGACCCUCUGGAAGUAGACCAUAGUGAUGUACAGGACAUCAGCACCAGCCCAGACACAGACACCACUAACUCGGCUGCACCAACACCGGCCAGAGAAGAUGCAGCGCCCGCCCCAGAAGAGAAAACUCCUAAUGUUACACCCAAACCAGCUAAGGGAGCCGAUCCCAGCAGGCCUCUGGGUCGGAAAGCUAAGGACAUCAGGAAAGAGAGACGACUUCAAAAGGAGCAACAGAAGCAGCAAGACGCAAAGUCUUCCUCUGUGGAUCCCUCCCCAUCAAAAUCUUCAUCUAAUCAGCUCAAGUCUUUGGAGGAGUUCAUUACGGAGUCCUUACCCAAUGACCCUCUGCACCGUCUAGAGGUGAGGCUAGUGCGCUCCAACCCUCCCAGUCCACAGUUCAAAGCUUCGUUUGACGCCUCGUACCAAGUGUACAAACUCUACCAGAUGGUCAUUCACAAGGACCCGCCUGACAAACCUACCGAGAGCCAGUUCAAGAGGUUCCUCUGUGACUCUCCUUUAGAGGCUGAGACGGCUCCUGAUGGUCCUGAUGUGGGCUACGGCUCGUUUCAUCAGCAGUAUUGGUUGGAUGGCAGAAUAGUAGCUGUAGGAGUUCUGGACAUCCUGCCCUCCUGUGUGUCGUCUGUGUACCUCUACUAUCACCCCGACUUCUCCUCGCUCUCACUGGGCACCUACUCUGCUCUCAGGGAGAUUGCCUUCACCAGGCAGUUGCAGAAGCAGUCCCCCAAACUUGCCUACUACUAUCUGGGUUUCUACGUCCAUUCGUGUCCCAAGAUGCGCUAUAAGGGUCAGUACCGGCCUUCAGACCUCCUGUGCCCUGAAACCUACACUUGGGUGUCCAUCGAGAGAUGCAUCCCUCGGCUCGAGAUCUCUGCCUACUCUCGUCUCAAUGAGAACGCCCAUGAAGGUGAUGCUUGUGCACUGAAGGAACUGGGCAGGGUGUUAGUGCUCCACAGGAGGACAGUGAUGCCCUAUGUGGCCUACGCCCGUAAGCGGAAGGGUUCGAACGACGAGAAGGAAGUGGAGCAGUACGCUAGUCUGGUGGGCCAGACGUGUGCAGAGAGAAUCCUGCUCUACAGAGCCUAGAGCCCCUUCAUACCUUGCAACCCUCUGUCUGUCUUUCAAAACAUGAAAGUGUUUGUCCUCUUGUACGCUUGUCUGUUUAUUGUCUUCCUGAUUGUUUAUUUGUCUUUUUUAUGUCUUCUCCCCAUCUGUGUGUACAGUUUUGUUAUGCUGUGCGGUGUCGUAAUCUCUUUGAACUCUACUUUUAGAUUUUCUGGCCGGCAGCGCUUUGUAAUAAUCACACUCGCACACAUGCAACACGCAGCCACGAACAUGUUAUCUCAUAGUGUAUCCCAAAAUAUUACCCAUUUACAAGUCACCAAUCACAUUUUAACUAGCUAUAUAACAAGAAAGGAUGUGCGAUAGGGCAGAUUCUCAUUCUGAAUCUGUUGGGUUGGGUAUUUCUAGACUGUCGUGACCCUGAAACAUUUGGCCUCUGGUGACAUGGAUUACCGCUUUCCCAAAGUCUUAAAUGUUCCCGAUAUUCGUGUUCUUCUAAAGUGACUAAUUUUAUCCAAAGCUAUGAUGUUGAGAGACUUUGCUGGAGGGUUGAAUCAAUCCAUAUUCCUGUGGAACAGAUUUUUAUUUUCUCACUUUGUCUUUCAGUUAUAAUAAGUAAUAGCUCGAGUGCUUUUAUUUUAAUACUAUUGUUUUCUUUCAAACUAAAUAAAAAAAUAUAAGU